CUUCUGGCUGCUGCAGCUGCUGCAGGAUCUAUGCACGGGCACCUUCCUUGCUGUCUCUUUUUUGCCUCUGAGUUUGGCUCGUCUUGCAGGAGACACUGAGGUAAAGGGUCCAACUCCUGGAGACUCAGCUUUGAAUCCCAACAGAGGCAGAGGGGAGCCCACUGUUCUUUGCAGAGUGAGAGAGCUUUGCCCUUUGGAGAUCUCUUGCCUCCUGAGAUUCUUUUUCCAAGCAGGAUCCAGCUUCUGCUCCCCUUGGCCCCUUCAUUGUUCGCCCUCCCAGCAGCAGGUGGAUUUUGGACAAGAAUCUCAGUGCCACUGAGGUGUCUGGGAUAUUCACAUCUGGAUUUUGGUGUGCAUCCUCCAGGGAGAAGAGGAGACAGCCUGAGGCAGAGCCAACUGUUCUGCGCUGCACUGACUCCAUCCAGCAAGCGGGUAAAAAAGGUUGGCAAAAAAGUUAGACUGUGCAUUUUCCUGGGACAAGCCACCUCAGAAGCAUCUCUGAGGCCCCCUGCAAGACAAGUCAGGUGCAGCGCCGUGGGGCUGGUCUGUCUGGGCCGUGUGUGCAGCAGGAGCAAGGCUCUCCUGGGUUGGUGGAGGGUCAUAUAGAUCUUAGGAAUGGCUGAAGCUCCUGGGAGCUGGCAAGGCUGUGCCCCAGUCCAAGAAGAUGAGGUGGCUAGAGGAGCUGAGGCCAACCUACCUGGCGCAGUGGAAGCCAGGGAGGCCAAGCUAGGCCAUGACUGGGACCCUGGAUGGACUGAGAAGAAAGGACCGAGGGCUGCAGCUAGUCCUGCUGCAGAGACACAGGUGGAGGAGCAGUUUCUGCACUUGACCAUCAGAAAGCAGGUGUCCUACAGACUCCAUCUGCCCCACAAAGGCGUCUUCCCUUGUCUCCAGGGCAACCAGCCCAACCGUUGGGGAACCAGGAGGAUAAAGCACAGGCCAGCGGUAUAUAAGAAAGCCAUAGCCAAGUCUGGCCUCCAACACAUGGUCGCACAGCCAAGCCCCGCACUUGCGUUGAGGAGUGACCCAGAGAGGCAGAUCCGCAACACUGUGGACUGGAGCGAGACUGCAGUCUAUGGGGAGCACAUCUGGUUCGAGACCAAUGCGUCUGGGGAUUUCUGCUACGUGGGGGAACAGAACUGUGUGGCCAAGAUGCUGCAAAAGCCUCUGUCCAGGCGCAAAUGCGCAGCCUGCAAGAUUGUGGUGCACACGCCCUGCAUAGAGCAGCUGGAGAAAAUAAAUUUCCGCUGCAAACCUUCCUUCAGGGAGUCAGGAUCGAGGAACGUUCGGGAGCCUGCAAUUGUCCGACAUCACUGGGUACACCGGAGACGCCAGGAAGGGAAGUGCCGGCAGUGUGGCAAGGGUUUCCAGCAGAAGUUUGCUUUCCACAGCAAGGAGAUUGUGGCCAUCAGCUGCUCCUGGUGUAAGCAAGCAUACCACAGUAAGGUGUCAUGCUUCAUGCUGCAACACAUCGAGGAACCCUGCUCACUGGGGGCUCACGCUGCUGUUGUUGUCCCACCCACCUGGAUCCUGCGUGUCCGGCGCCCCCAGAAUCCAUUGAAGUCCAGUAAGAAGAAGAAGAGGACGUCAUUCAAGAGGAAAUCCAGCAAAAAGGGACCCGAGGAGGGACGAUGGAAACCCUUCGUUAUCAAGCCCAUGCCAGCACCGCUCAUGAAGCCCCUCCUGGUGUUUGUGAACCCCAAAAGUGGAGGCAAUCAGGGAGCCAAGAUCAUCCAGUCCUUCAUGUGGUAUCUCAACCCCCGGCAAGUCUUCGACCUCAGCCAGGGUGGCCCUAAGGAAGCGCUGGAGAUGUACCGGAAGGUACACAACCUCCGCAUCCUGGCAUGUGGCGGGGAUGGCACGGUGGGCUGGAUCCUUUCCAUCCUAGACCAGUUGCGCCUGAACCCUCCUCCUCCUGUAGCCAUCCUGCCUCUGGGGACUGGGAACGACUUGGCCAGGACACUGAACUGGGGCGGGGGUUAUACAGACGAGCCCCUGUCAAAAAUCCUGUCACACGUGGAGGAUGGAAAUAUAGUACAGCUCGACCGCUGGAAUCUCCAUGUGGAGCCAAACACCGAAGCAAGUCCUGAGGAGAAGGAUGAAACAGCCACGGACAAGCUUCCCCUUGACGUCUUCAAUAACUAUUUCAGCCUGGGCUUUGAUGCACGUGUGACCCUAGAGUUUCACGAAUCACGAGAGGCCAAUCCAGAGAAGUUCAACAGCCGGUUUCGGAAUAAAAUGUUCUAUGCUGGGACGGCAUUUUCUGAUUUUCUUACUGGGAGCUCCAAAGACUUGGCAAAGCAUGUCAAACUGGUGUGUGAUGGAACAGACCUGACAUCCAAGAUCCAGGACCUGAAACCGCAGUGCCUCGUCUUUCUCAACAUUCCAAGGUACUGUGCAGGCACCAUGCCCUGGGGCAACCCUGGGGAGCACCAUGACUUUGAACCCCAGCGCCAUGACGAUGGCUGCAUCGAGGUCAUCGGCUUCACUAUGACAUCCCUGGCUGCCUUGCAGAUGGGUAGACAUGGGGAGCGGCUGUGCCAGUGCCGGCAGGUGUUGCUCACCACAUCCAAGGCCAUUCCCAUGCAGGUGGAUGGGGAGCCAUGCAAACUGGCACCCUCUUCCAUCAACAUCUCCCUGCGCAACCAGGCCAACAUGGUACAGAAGACCAAGCGACGCAACUCCAUGCCCCUCCUCAACGACCAGCAGCCCGUGCCUGAACGGCUGAGAAUCCGGGUGAGCCGAAUCAGUAUGCAUGACUAUGAGGCACUUCACUACGACAAGGAGAAGCUCAAGGAAGCCUCGGUGCCCCUAGGCAUCAUUGUGGUUCCAGGAGACAGUGACCUUGAGAUGUGUCGGACCCAAAUCGAGAAGCUCCAUGAGGAUUUCCCUCCAUGCCCCUCUGCUUUACACCGCCUGCUGCUCCAGGAAGGGGAUGGGGCCAAACCAAAGGCACUGUCGUCCCAGAAGCUGUCGCCCAAGUGGUGUUUUCUGGAUGCAACUACGGCUGAUCGGUUUUACAGGAUAGACCGUGCACAGGAGCACCUCAACUACGUGACAGAGAUCUCUCAGGAUGAACUGUUUGUGCUAGACCCAGAGCUGGUGAUCACUCAGACUGUGGGCACCUCUCCUGCCAUGCCUGACCUGGUCGACACAUCAUCCACACCCACAGGGCAUCAUUUUGCUUUCCCUUCUUCCUCAUCCUCUCCACCCUCUUCACCCGCCCCCAGCUCAGAAGCAGGAGUUGGCCCCACACACAAAGACAACCCUUUGAUAGAAGCUGCCAAGAAUGGUGACUUCAGCAAGUUCCAGGAGUUGCACAGGGCUGGAGGAGACCUGAUGGUGCGAGACUCUUCUGGUCAGACAGUCCUGCACCUUGCCGUCAAGUCAGGGAGCAAGGACAUUGUCAAGUACAUCAUUGAGAAUGCUCCUUCAGAGAUCCUCGAUGCAACAGAAGAAAAGAACAGUGAGACCAGUCUGCAUCAGGCUGCUGCCCUGCGCCAGCGCACUAUUUGCCACUACAUUGUGGAGGCUGGGGCUUCGCUCAUGAAAACGGACCUGCAAGGAGACACCCCCAAGCACAGGGCCGAGAAAGCCAAUGAUCCUGACCUGGCUGCCUACCUCGAAAACCGACAGCACUACCAGAUGAUCCAGCGGGAGGAUCAGGAGACAGCUGUGUAGUGCUCAGCGUGCCUUAACCAAUGCCUCUGCCAGUGUGGGCAGGGCAGGAAGAUGACUGUGGAGCUGCAGGCCCAGCCUAGCCCUUCCUGAGUCUCAGCUCAGUCCCAGGAAGAAGAGGAGGCAGCGGCUGUAUCCCAGACCUGGCUGGGACUGUAUUUAUUAUUUGUGUGGUGGGUGUUUGGGACUUAGAGCCCAGGUACCCCCUUGCCUACCACAUUCCCCGCACUAGAGACAGACUUUGCUCCAGCAGCUGUCUUGCCCCUGCUUCCCACAGGAGCCAUUGUGCUACCCCUGCAGGUGAGAGGCAGCUACAUCCCCUCCGCAGUCCUUCAGGGGUAUUUGCAGUUUGGCAUCCAGCUCCUUGCCACCUCAUAGCACCACAUAUUGCCUGUCCACUGGAGCUAUCAUUCAAACCAUGCCUGCCCCCUACUGGUUCCAGGAGCCUGCCACCAGAAUAUGCAGGGCGGUUACCUGAGACCUGCUCUGCCUGUUGCCCCCAUCUCUGAUGGCCAGGCAAAAGGAUUUCCAGAAGCUGUUGUGAGUUUGGGAGAUAGUAGGUGCUGCCUGCUUUUGUUUCAGCAGGAUGCUGUGAGUCCCGUGAUGGAGGGAGCCCAGCCUCAUGUGUCCUGUCCUUGUGGCAGCUCAGUCAUUUAUGGUCCCCUACUCUUACUUUUUCUCCCUUUAUUUCUUGACCUCUGUCCUGGGGGUUCAUCCAACCAUGUGAGGAACCUGAAGCCGGAGGGAAUCCAGUGUGGAGUGAAACCCAGUGACUGAUCUGCAGUUUGGCCCUUGUUUCGUCUGGAGCCUACUGCAGCAACAGUUUCAACAACAUGCCUGGGUCUCCCAAGACUUGCUUGUCUUGCCACCAAGCCCUCUCCCAACCCAGCUCUCCUCUUUCCCUUCCCCUUUCUCACAUGCUGCCUCCCCUCCCUGCUGCACAUGGUUCUAAUUUGUUGAACAGCAGCAAGCUCAACAUGGGUAUAAAAUGUGCCAUUUAUCCAGCAAAGAGGCUGCCAGGAUGGGAAGGGAGCUUCUCUCAUCUUAGUAUAGACUCCCCUCCCUGCACCCGGUGACACUGGUGUCAGGGAAGCUUGGGGUUGGGGUGCGCCUUGAGGCUCCUUCUGUGGGGAAGUGACCCAGAGAGCACGUGACAGGAACACACAGGGACAGAGGGUGCCAGAUUCGAGAGAGAAGGCAUAGAAGAGACCUUCUAGCCCCAAGCCCCCAGGACCUCAGCAAUGACAUUCUUGCCUCACCUUCAGCUUUGCCUCCCUUUGCCAGCGUGUCCCCGCAGGGUCAGCUUCCAUGCCCCUUUGCUUCACUUCCUCCUCACUUUAUUCCUUGUUUAGCCCUGAAUAAUCUUGCCCUGUUUCCAUGCCUUUCCCACAGAGUAGAUUCUGGCUGCCUGCCUUUGGGCUCAUAAGCAGCCCCUCCCAGUGGCCCAGAGCUGUGCUCUUGCUGUGCUCCAGGCACCUUUCCCAUCUCCUCCCGCUCUGGGCACUUUAUUCACCUUCUUUUAGAAAAGAAGCAAACAAAGAGGUGGUGGGAGAGGGGGCUGACUCCUGGACAUGACCCCGAUCCCAGGCAGAGGCAGCAUUGUCCACAGCAGGGGCACUGUGUUCUGCCCAACACAUUCCAGACCAAUGCCCCUUGUUCCUCUGGUCCAGGGGAGCUCUUCUCUCAGGGACCUCGCAGACAUCUUGAAUGAGGAGCCAGCUGGCCUGGGGCUGGGUCUGCUGUAUCAGAGCAAGUGUGGCCCUGCCAGUGUGGUGGCUAGGAGUAUUGGGACGGGGAGCAGAAAGUACAAUACCAGACCUGCCUAGGCUAAGAGAGGAGUAGUUCAGGGGGUUACACUUAUAGUUCAGGGGGUUAUGGGGCACAAGCAAACAAGCAGGAAGGGCCACUGGGGUCCAGCUUGCGUUUUGGAACAGAUGGGACAUAAGCCCGUCCCAACAAGCCUUCUUCGGGGCUGUGUUCCUUGGAGGUGCUCAGAAACAUGUCUUGGGCAAUGGGGACUGGCGUGUCCCUGGCUUGGGGUGAGAGGUAGAGCUGGGCUUGCUCAGCGCUGACAUGCUUUAGGACCCCACCUGUUUUGUUUACAGAUGGAAGGGAAUUUCCUUUUCAUGUCCUUGUUCUUGGUAGUUAAUGGUUAGCACCUUGGAGUAGGGGCAGGUUCAGGGCCUGGAAGGCCCCAGAGCUAUGCCUAUGCAUGGAGCUAUCUGUUGCCAUCUGUCCUCCAGGCCUGUUUUCAUUAGCCAGCUAUAUCAGUGCUGCUAUGAUAGGGACUUCGGGGGCCUUGCUGCUGGCAGAGAUUCCAUCCCCUUCUCUCCCAGCCUGUGCACAUGUACACAUCCCCUGCGUGUGAACUUGCCAUGCCCACCUUGCCACUCUUCAGCUGAACACAGAAUCACACAGCAGGAGCCUGUGUGUGGGCACAGUCCUAGAUGGAUGAGAAAUUUAAUAGUUUGAGAGGACUGGGAGAUUUAGACUAGCAGGAGACCAGCAAUGCAUUCCAACAGUUGUUCUGUGAAGAAGGUCAAGGAGGAUGGCCUGCAUCUAGCUGUCAUCCCCAGGGCCAAGCAUGCCAGUAACCUAUCUCCACCCCCCCACGGCUGAAGGCUGCUUCACAGUUUACUAUAAUGUCACCCAGCUUUGCUGUAAUGUAACCUACGCUCAGCAGAGCAGGCCGGAGAAGUGGAAGUCCCAGUUUACAGUGUGAGCAGGCUGCCAGGGUUGGAGAGGUGGGGGUGCCUGCAUGGGCCUGAUACUGUGCAUUAAAGAAGAAAGUGGCUCUGAACCCCAGGGCUGCUGACCACGUCAGGCAGUGCUGGAGGAUGCUUCCUGAUGCGUAGAUCUCUGUUUCUUGCUCACUACACAAACACAGCCAUGGGGUCAGGUCAUCUGGCUGGCAGCAGGACAGACACUUGUCUUUUGAACUGUAUAAACAGCACUCCCUGCGUGGGACUGUGCAGUCCAGCCUGGAAACGUUUACACCCCAAGCACACCUGCUUGCUCCUCAUUUAGAACACCUUAGUUUUUGUGCAGAUAGUUUAAGCACAUGCUGUCCCCCGCAGUUCCUGGGUGUGUGUGUGUGCCCACAUUCCUGAACCGAGUUGCUGUGCAAUUCCAAGCCUAGCUUGUUUUCCUGCAAGGUGGGGGGAGCACUUGGUAGUUCUAUCUGCAGCGGGAGGCGAUUCUGUGCAAUACCUGUCUCUUGUCUCCUAGACACUGUUUGGACUGUAUUUUUGUAAUUCUGUUAGGAUGCCAGUUCUGGCAGACUGAGUGCCUGGGCAGCGGCCUGCACUCUGGUUGCUUUUCAUUUUUGACGGUUUGGAUGUUGUUCUUUUUUUUGCCAUUGAAAUAAAAAGGAUGUUUUACUUCA